UCUUUCCAAGAGAGAGAGUGAGACAAAGGCUUUGACUUGUCAGAUGAGCAAGAUCACGCGUACAAAACAGUAAAAGUAUCAUCGGAGGUGGUGGUGGGUGGCCUCUGGUUCACUUUUGGUUAGCAGCAAGUCGCAACGAGCCAGAGGAGAGAGAGGAGUUGCGAGUUAUAAAAUUCCGUUGUCUCUCUUUUACACGCACUCCCUCUUUUUGCUUCUGUUAUUGCCCUGCUAUUGGAGUUGGAGAGGAGGAGAGAGGGGGGAACAUUUAUGGCAGCGCCCUGUGUGGAGGCUCCACCCUCACUUGCCCAGGUCAAAUUCUUGUGCGGCAUUUCCUCCUUUUUUCUUUUGAUAACUCGGCUGAGGGGGGCCUCAAUUUAAUGCUUCCUUCUUCUGAUUUAACGAGUGGAGAAAAACCGAGGGGCGGGAGGGAAGGAGAGGGGGGAUGUUCCUUGCUUCUUGGCUCAGAGAGAGAGAGAGGGAGAGAGGGAGCGCGCGCGCAAAAGUAGGUUUUCGGGUUGCAGUCUUUGAGGCAAAGGUUUUCUUGGGGGUUCAACUCCUACUCUCAGAGGGUUGUAUUGAUAGCAGUAAAGAAUCCAUCUAUUUAACUUUGUACUGGUGUUGUUCCUUGUUGGGUAUUGGGGUAUGGAUGAAGUAUGUUUUGUGUUCCUGAGAUCCCAAAUGCGGUGAGGGAGUAUAGGAACUGGAGAGAGGUUUCUAGUGUGAUGCUGUUUGGUAGCUGGUCUCUGCAUUCUCGGAAAUCAUGGCUAGGCGUCACGGAUGGCAGCUUCCGGCUCACACAUUCCAGGUUGUAGCUAUAACAGUGUUCUUCUUGCUAGUUGUUGCAUUCUAUGCCUUCUUUGCACCAUUUCUUGGCAAGAACAUCUUUGAGUAUGUGGCAAUGGGAGUUUAUACUCCAGUGGCACUCGUGGUUUUUGUAUUGUAUGUUCGAUGCACAGCUAUUGACCCUGCUGAUCCAGGCAUCUUGAUCAGCCCGGACGAACGAUUGGUGGUAAAUCGUAACAAAUAUUUUGGUUCUUCUUUAUUAGUAUUCCCUUGAACUACUGAGGAUCUGAUGAUGACACGUAUCAAUUCUUUGUGUACUUGUGAACGAUUAGGAAAAAAGCCUUCCCUGGUUGAACCAGGAGUGACUGAGCUAAGUUACCCGCAAAAUUCUGCGAAGGAGAAACCUGGUUGUUGUUCCUGUGUUGGAGGCUUGUUCUGUGGGCUGCUGGUGAAAGAAGAUUGCUGGAAGAAUGAAGAGACUAACCAGCAACAGACCAAUGAAGAAGAAGCUCUGUUCUGUACAUUGUGCAAUGCAGAGGUAAGAAAAUUUAGCAAGCAUUGCAGAAGCUGCGAUAAAUGUGUGGAUGGUUUUGAUCACCACUGCCGGUGGUUAAAUAAUUGUGUGGGGAGGAAGAACUAUGUUACUUUUGUUGCCUUAAUGGCCUCUAGUCUUGUUUGGCUUGUGGUUGAGAGUGGGGUUGGUAUUGCAGUCUUUGUCCGAUGCUUUGUUGACAAAAAGGAAAUGGAAAAUCAGAUAAUUGAUAGGCUUGGCAAUGGGUUUUCCCUGGCCCCAUUUGCUGCAGUUGUGGCUCUGUGUACAGUAGUAUCUUUACUAGCUUGUAUUCCUCUGGGGGAGCUAUUCUUUUUUCACAUGAUACUGAUUCGAAAGGGUAUCACCACUUACGAGUACGUGGUAGCAAUGAGGGCACAAAGCGAGCCACCUGGCCCCUCUGUAGAUGGAGAUCCACAAAGCGUGCCAACUUCACCAACAAGUUCAGUUGCAACUGGCUUAAGUGGAGGAAGCUCGCUUGGCCUACAGUAUAAGGGUGCAUGGUGUACACCUCCAAGAAUAUUUGUGGACCAGGACGAGAUAGUCCCUCAUCUGGGUCCUGGAAGAGUUCCCUCAACAAUUGAUCCAGACGCUGUUGAGUUGCCAGAUAGAGGGAAAAGAUUACCCAAGCGUCAGGUGAGAAUCAGUGCGUGGAAGUUGGCUAAACUGGACUCAAACGAGGCAAUGAGGGCUGCUGCCAAAGCUAGAGCUUCAUCUUCCGUGCUUAAGCCAGUUGGUUCACGUCAUCACCCUGACUCAGGAUACUGUUCAAGUGAAAAUGCUAGUGCUGCAAGUAGUAUCAGCACAGAUAUUGGUCUGCACAAGGAUGUCAAAAACAGCCUUAGGCUGUCUAACAAGAAUUCAUAUCCCCCAAGCCGAGCUAGUAGGGAUGAUAUUGAAUCAGGGACUCGAAGUGUCAGCAGCUUUGGCAGCCCUGCCCACACAAACAACUCUGCUGCACUCAGUCCUCUGCCAUUAGAGCUGCCUGCUGCCUCUCUGGAUGCUGAGAGGUUGGCAUUCACUGUUGGAAGGUUGAUGUCAAACAGUGAAAAUUUCAAUCCAAUAUAUCAAUCAUCUCCAUGGUCGACUAAGACAAAUGAUGCCCAUGAAAAAAUUGUAAGCCAUCGUUUUGACGACAAGCUGGUGAAGAACAGAGGCAAUGUCAAAGAAAAUCAAAGACCAUCUGUGAUCUGGGAUCAAUCCGCUGGUCGUUAUAUUUCAGUUCUGCCUUCUGGUGGAGAUAGCUACCCUUUGGCAAACCGACCCACUUCAUCUCAAACCAUGGAACAGGAGGCAUCUUCUACUAAUGCAAUCUUAAGCCAAGAUCAUUUGAAGCGCAUGCCUCACAAAUUCUCAAGUACAGAAGAACAGCCAAAAAUGUUUUCUGGAUUAUCAGCACAGACGCAAAACCUGGUUUGCACAGAGCAGUCUAUCUUCUUUGGUGGUCCUCUGUUAACAGCUGAUGUAGGGGAAAGUUCUAGGCAGCGUGGACUUGUGAAGCCUGCCCCAGAAAGUGCAUCAGGGCCACAUAUUCAGGAAGCAAGAAUAGGGAGAGGACGAGGGUCUGAUCAGUUUCCCGUAUUCAUACCGAAGGGUUCUGAGAUGCCCCAUUCAUCCAGGAUCUCUUAGUGUUUGAUCUUUUGCUGAUGGAUGUGCAUGAUGGUCGAUGUUGGUUGACAUGUAUGUCGCUGCUGGGAUGUGAGAUUAACUUUUACCAAUCAUGAUGACGCAUAAAUCGGCCUUCAAAUGAGAUGCAUUUCAGCAAAAUGAACUUGGCUACCCAAGUUUUGUUGUUUGCGAGCCCUUGAAUAGGGGCAUCCAGCUUUUUCAUUUUCAGUGAAGCUCCUUGGGCAUGCACAAGUGUAGAGCUGCUCAAGCAUUCACAACGCACACGCAAGAGCGCUGAUUGUAAUAUAGAAACCUUCUUUCACGAUCAUUGACUACUAUUGACCCAUCGAGUGCAUGAUGUACAGACUGGUUGGACAAUCUUUGGGUCUCUCUCUCUCUCUCUCUCUCUCUCUCUCUCUCUCUCUCGGCUUUAUGUAACUUUGAAUUAGCAAACAAGUUGGUUCACGAGAGUUGCCUUUUCCAA